UUCACCGCCGCCAUAUUGGUUGACGGAGAAACCUGCCUGGAAAUGAACUAAACUAUAUAGAGAACUGCUGAGACUGCAGUAAAAUGGAUGUCUGUACUGUAACCCCACUCGCUGACCAACAGUCCUCAGUUAUACCAGAUCCCACCAUCAGUACCGACAUAUGGACAAGUUUGAUGGAGACACUGUCUGUGACUGGGAAAGAGUUUGUAGUGCUCACGGCAGACAGGAAGUGUGGAGAUGGAGCCACAUUCGGCUCCACCCUCGGUACCAUGUUCCUUGAUGGAAACUCGGAGAUCCUGACAAAAUUUAUCAACUUCUGUGCAGAAUACUAUACUCAAACAGAUGGAGAUUCUCAGGAAACCUUCAUCAGUGAAAAUAAACAGGUGAUUUCUGACAGUCAAGAUCACUACACAUAUUCUGACCUUCCUGUCAAGCAUUCCGUUAACAAGGAUUUUAAACAUAGAAAUGAUAUUGAUUACAAUCAAAUAAAUGAAACACUUCAUGUCAACAACAUUGCUGACCAAAGUAUGGAAAUCACAGGUGAUGACACAAGCAAUUCCAAUUCUAAUGCAUGUACUGUCGAUGAGGAGGAUGCAUGCGAUGAAAAUAUUGAUGAAUCAGAUGAAAAAGGAAAAUCUAUAAUAAAUACUAUUAAUCUAAACAAGGGAAAAUUGGAAAGUCAAACUUUAACUAAAGUGAAAUCUAAGAAAGCACAAAAAGGCAGAAGGACAUUAGCAAAGGAAAAACAUAAAGAAAUUUGUGAGAAAAUAAAGAAAACUGAUAAUCAAGUUGAUACUGUGAAUGUGAGGAGAUCUAGUCGACUAGCAGGGGGUAGGAAGACUGGGAGAAGACAGACAAGCCUACAGACCAGCCGACAGAGUAAAUACAAAGACAAUCCUGAUAAUUCUCGUCCUGAAGGAAGAAAUUCUAAAGAUGUUAAUCCUACAACAGUUGAGUGUCCUGCCUGUGGCACAGUCUUGGCAAACCAGGACAGUUUUGUAAAACAUGUUCUGUCUGAUCAUGAACUUGAGAAGAAAAGCAGGAGAAACUCCAGGAAGAUUUCUUGGACAUUAGACAGCAAGAAAUGUCCAGUUUGUGGUCAGUUUACAGAGACAGAGGGGGUAAAUUCCCAUAUUUUUGUUCAUUGUUUUGAUGUGCUCAAGUAUCCAUGCAAUAGAUGUCCGUUUGUGUUUUUGAAAUUAAGUGAACUUAUUGACCACCAGAAAAACGAGCACAACAGUAUUGUCAAUGGUGAUGAUACAGAGUUAGACGGUGACAAAGAGGAAGUGACGGAUCAGUCUGAAUGUCAGGAAUGUGGUUUAAAGUUCACCAUGCAGCUUCAACUUGAGAAACACAUGCUCACGCACAGCAGCAAAUUGGGAAAGUCAGACUUCGAAUGUCAUCUGUGUUUCCUGCAUUUUAAGAGUCAGCCAUCAUAUGAACAUCACAUGAAGAGUCACACAGAUUUAGAUAAUAACAUCAUCAAAUGUAACAUCUGUGAGGAAGAAUUCAGCCGGAGGGAGGAUCUCAAAACCCACAUGUCCUCUCACCAAGGAGACGACAAUAAACAAUACAAAUGUGACAUUUGUGAAAAGUCAUUCAAGUCUCGCAGUGGCAGAAGGAUGCACAAAAUAUUUUCCCACGGAGAUAAAGGACUGAGCAAGUACGGGAGGGACAAGUUUGAGUGUAAGUUUUGUGGGGGGAUACUGGGUUCUUAUCAUACCCUGGUACGUCACGAAGCCAGGCACGAACAGGAUAAUGAAAGUCAGUUACAGAAGAUGGGAAGUCUCAUGGAAAUGGCCAAUUGUAAGGUGGUGUCUGUGGAGGAGUUACGGGUAAAGGAACCUGAAACAGACGUAGACAAUGUCACAAAAACAGACAGCUCAGAAACAGCUGGUGAUAAGGUAGGGACCGUAUUGGAGUCGUGCGUUGGGGUGGAGUAUAAUGAGGAGAAUGAAGAGAUCAGCUCUACAAUUACUAACCAGAGUUGUGAGGGAACAAAAACUACGAAUACUGAGGAAACGGACCAGCUCAAACCAAAUAAUGAUGAGAAGAAACGGAAAUUCAAAUGUAAAAUAUGUCAGUUAGAUUUUCCAUCACAGCAGUUUUUGAAAGAGCAUAAGAAGAUUCAUUUCAUUGCUGGAAAGUCUCCGUAUGCAUGUGACUUGUGUGGGAAAAUAUUCCUCAGGUCCCUGUCCCUGUACAAACAUCGACAACUUCACGACACAUCUGGUAAGUUCACAUGCAAAACUUGUCAGAAGCAGUUUAACUCUAUAGAGAGUUUAAGGAGACAUGCUAAAAACCAUCUGGACGUGAAACCCUACAUCUGUUCGGUGUGUGGGAAAGGAUGUACAGAGAAAAGAAAUCUAGACACUCAUAUGUUAGUUCAUACACAGAAAAAGGAAUUCAUUUGUGAAGUUUGUGGAAAGGCAUACCGUACACAACAACAACUAAAGGAGCAUCGGUAUAUCCACACCGGGGAACGGCCGCAUAAAUGUAAGGUUUGCGAAAUGGCUUUCCGUAGCCAGGAUGUACUUAGGAAUCAUAUGGCUCUGCAUAGUGAGUUCAAAAAGUUCAUGUGUCAUACUUGUGGAAAAACGUUUCGGCAGCAGUCCUGUCUUAUAACUCACCAGCACACACAUUCCAAUGAACCUACACACAUGUGUAAUGUUUGUGGUCAGGGCUGUAAGUCAUCUGGUGCUCUUAACUCCCAUUUUGUGUCCUUCCAUCUGAAGCCAGAGGACGUUGCGUCGUAUAAGUGGUCAGUUCAUGUUUGUGAGGUUUGUAAUAAAAUGUUUGGAGAAAAGCAGGACCAUGAACGACACAUGCGUACUCACACCGGCGAGAAACCCUACAGUUGUGAAAUUUGUCAAAAAACAUUCGCGGAUAAAAGCAAUUUACGCUCACACAUCAGAAAUCACAACGGGGAUCGGUCUAAGAAGUGUCAGAUUUGUGGUAAGGGAUUCAUGUUUAACCGAGACUUAAAAAAACACAUGGCAUCACACAACAACAAAAUACGAGUGCCUCUAUUGGACAAUGCCACAGUAGAGACAGCACUACAGGAAACCAUUGUCCCAGCAGUGGAUAACAUUGUCACUGUUAUCACUCAAACGGAGCCUCUGCCUCGCGAGACACAGGACCCGAUGGUCCCUUCCGUGACAGACUCGUAUGAGAUGGUGACCUCGUCACUCCCGCUAGGGGGUAAUCUAACUGCUAGUCUGCCUCCUAUAAAUCCGGAGAAUAUCAGUGCUGUAUCUCUGAUGCAGGAAGCCACCAUGGUUCACAUGGGAGUUUAUAGCAAUACAGGAGACCUGACGUGGCACUCGCUGUAGUUACGACAAAUAGCUAUUAUAGUAAUACAGGAGAGCUGACGUGGCACUCGCUGUAGUUACGACAAAUAGCUAUUAUAGUAAUACAGGAGAGCUGACGUGGCACUCGCUGUAGUUACGACAAAUAGCUAUUAUAGUAAUACAGGAGAGCUGACGUGGCACUCGCUGUAGUUACGACAAAUAGCUAUUAUAGUUAUACAGGAGACCUAGCGUGGCACUCGCUGUAGUUACGACAAAUAGCUAUUAUAGUUAUAGAGGAGAGCUGACGUGGCACUCGCUGUAGUUACGACAAAUAGCUAUUAUAGUUAUACAGGAGAGCUGACGUGGCACUCGCUGUAGUUACGACAAAUAGCUAUUAUAGUUAUACAGGAGACCUAGCGUGGCACUCGCUGUAGUUACGACAAAUAGCUAUUAUAGUUAUACAGGAGAGCUGACGUGGCACUCGCUGUAGUUACGACAAAUAGCUAUUAUAGUAAUACAGGAGACCUAGCGUGGCACUCGCUGUAGUUACGACAAAUAGCUAUUAUAGUUAUACAGGAGACCUAGCGUGGCACUCGCUGUAGUUACGACAAAUAGCUAUUAUAGUUAUACAGGAGACCUGACGUGGCACUGGCUGUAGUUACGACAAAUAGCUAUUAUAGUUAUACAGGAGACCUAACGUGGCACUCACUGUAGUUACGAUAAAUUGCUAUUAUAGUUAUACAGGAGACCUGAUGUGGCACUCACUGUAGUUACGACAAAUAGCUAUUAUAGUUAUACAGGAGAGCUGACAUGUCACUCACUGUAGUAAUGACAAAUAGCUGUUAUAGUAAUACAGGAGAGCUGACGUGGCACUCGCUGUAGUUACGACAAAUAGCUAUUAUAGUAAUACAGGAGAGCUGACGUGGCACUCGCUGUAGUUAUGACAAAUAGCUGUUAUAGUAAUACAGGAGAGCUGACGUGGCACUCGCUGUAGUUACGACAAAUAGCUGUUAUAGUAAUACAGGAGAGCUGACGUGGCACUCGCUGUAGUUAUGACAAAUAGCUGUUAUAGUAAUACAGGAGAGCUGACGUGGCACUCGCUGUAGUUACGACAAAUAGCUAUUAUAGUAAUACAGGAGAGCUGACGUGGCACUCGCUGUAGUUACGACAAAUAGCUAUUAUAGUAAUAUCGGAGACCUGACGUGGCACUCGCUGUAGUUACGACAAAUAGCUAUUAUAGUUAUACAGGAGACCUGACGAGGCACUCGCUGUAGUUACAACAAAUAGCUAUUAUAGUUAUACAGGAGACCUGACGUGGCACUCGCUGUAGUUACGACAAAUAGCUAUUAUAGUUAUACAGGAGAGCUGAUGUGGCAUUCGCUGUAGUUACGACAAAUAGCUAUUAUAGUUAUACAGGAGACCUGACGUGGCCCCCGCUGUAGUUACGACAAAUAGCUGUUAUAGUAAUACAGGAGAUCUAGACCUAACGUGGCAUUCGCUGUAGUUACGACAAAUGGGAUGUAUAUAAUUUACAAAUUUCCUGUGUCAUCAGAUUUUGCAUGUAGUUUGGUUGACAGGAUAUAUUUUCAAACAAAACAUUUUACUUAUUUAUACAGAGGAUCAGGACUUUUAAAAAUCAGAAAAUUUUUAAUGUAGGAACGGUUACAUAAUUCAGAUAUUGUAUAUCUUUCUGCUGAUUGAUAUUUCAUGACACUAUGAAGCAAUGUUGUCUCUUGUAUUUCAGGUUAAAAAAAAUCAAAGCUAAUAAAUGAUUACACAGUUAUUUUGAUUUUUGUUACCCCAGUAAAUACUGAGGUGAAUGGAAACUAGAGUCACAUUAUUUAUAUAGUAGAUGUACGUAUGUUUAAUGCAUAUUUUGCUUCCUUGCAGUUGUUUUAGAUAUGUCUAAUUAUAUGAAUUUCAAAUGACAACAUCAGUAAUAUGAGUACUGGUAGAUGCAUAUGGUUUCUUGGUGAUUUUGGGCCGACCAGGGAAAAUGUCAUAAGAUGGAAACCAUGCUGACCUGUCAGUGGUCUAUAGCUAGUUGUGGACAUUAAAUGGUAGUAGUACAAUGCACUUGUUACAUUUUUGUUGCUAGUUAUAUUAACAGAUACAAAAUAAUGUGAUUUGCUUCCAAAACUGAGUGUACAUGUGUAUUAUAUAAUUUGUGUGAUUGUUAUUUUUAGCUCACCUGACCCAAAAUUUUUCUGCCUGACAUCAACUUUUUUCUUUAAACGACUUCUCAAAAACCAUCAGGCCUAAAAUCAUCAUGAUAUUUCACUGAUGGGUUUCUUUGUUGAAGCCCCAAUAAGUUUGAAAAAGAAAUGACCUUGACUUAUAAGGUCACAGGGUCAAAUUUGUUAAAACAUUCAAAUGAGUUCUCACAAACCAAAAAGCCUUGAAUCAUAUUUGAGUGGUAGGUUCUUGAGCCCCACAAAGUUUCCAUAAUAAAAUGAACCUGACCUAGCUAUAUUCAAGUUAAUUAUAUAACAGGGUCUUUGCUUAGCAUUCAAAUUAUGUAUAUAAUUAUUUCUCUUCAAAAACCAAUAGAAUAUAUAGCUAUAGUUGUAAUAUUUUGCUGGAAGUUUCCUAAUUUCGUGGACCCCAUGAAGUUGUUUCCUAAACGAAAUGACCUUGAGUGACCUUGACUCCUAUUCACAUUGGUCAAAUUUGAACAUUCAAAUGAUCUCUUCUCACAAAGAAAAAGGUGCCUAUAAUCAUGAUACACUGUAUUUGUAGGUUCCUGGGAUAAAGCCAACAAACUUUGUGAGAAGACAUGACCUUGACCCAUUAUAUAGUCACAGGGGUCAAAAUUUGUUAAGGCAUUUGAAGGACUUAACAGAAUGGCCUAGAUUCAAGUUCUUUAUAUUAACUGAAAUCAGAGAAGUGAAUCAGAGAAUACUAGGUACAUGAGCUAUGCGGGCCCAUGUGGGCCUCUUGAUCAUGUUACAGUUUAGUUACCAAUGAUGUAUUUUUUGCAUAAAUUAGAAAAAUUACCAUGAUGUUUUUACCAAUUAUUAUUUACAUUUGGCCGAGUUAUUUUAAUGAAUUCGUGAUUGGCUCUAGCUAUUUAUUAUAUAUGAGGCUAGGGACAAUGAGGCAUAGUAUACAAUCUGUGAGAAGAAGAGACAAUUUAUGAGAAGAAAACAUUUGAAUGUUUAAAUUUGACCUCUGAACUUGAAUACGAGUUGUGCUUUAAUUUGAAUGUUUAAUCAAAAUACAUAAUGUCACUAUUACUGUUUUAUUGAUGCAGAUGAUGAACAUUGCUGGUGCUAACAGGCCUUCCUGUGGUGAAAUAUUUAGUUGAAUAUUGAAAUAUUAAUGUCAAGGGCAAGUGUGAUGUGUUAAAAACAUCAUUGUCUUUUGAGGGCACUUUGGUCUGAUAGUGUUGACUCGAGAUUGAAUUAUAAGAUGCAAUCCCUCAAAAACCUAUCGGACCAAAGUGUUGUCAAAAGAAGGCGCUUGCAGUAAUUUAUAAUUAGAUAUAUGAUGGUCUUUACAUGUAAUUAUGAAAUCCAUUAAUCUUGUUCAUCGAUUUAUUUGCUUGUUUGUCUUGUUUGUAAUGUGAUUUUAUGACAUUCUAUAUAUAAAUGAAAACAACUUAAGACCUGCAAUCAG